AUGGACGACGAAGAAAUCACUGCGGGUACAGGGGCCAAGGUCCCUGAAGUCGACAUAGAAAUCCCCACAGAACAGACGAAGGAAGAAUCAGAUGCGUUCAGCUCAGCCGAGAUGAUGAUCGCUCAACCAUACGUCCAGAAGGUCGUAUGCUUCUUCAUGUUGGUAGCAGUUGCCUUGUACUUUGCGAGAAGACAUCAAUCGCAGAAGUCUUAUCUCGAUUCUGGCAAAUCCGACGAGAAAAGCAUGGUUUAG